AUGGCGAGCACGGCUGCGAUGACGUUAGAUAGCGAUAACGAGUUUGGCUACGAUUUCGAUGCCGAGGAGGAAGAGUUACUAUUUCAGCUGGCUUCUGAAAACGAACACACUCCUCAAAAUAAUGCGAGAUUAGCAGCUAUAGACGCUGUGCCCGAGAGAACCGAACGUGUGCUUGACCAAGAUGACCUCUCAACGGUUGACGCUUCAGAGUAUACCCUGGGCCGCACUGAAACAGGACAGUCGAGCGAUCUUUACAGAGGGCAGGCGUUUAAUCAACGUGAAUUGUCGUCUGGUCCGCAAACGCCACCCGUUGCAACCUCAAACGAGGACGUUUAUUACCCCGAUCUGAGCAAAGCUUUAACAAAUUUGAAGCCCAAAUCACCAUUGUCAGAGUCAACAAUUACUGCGGGGAGAACAUCUGAAUCGAACCAAGAUGAGCCGUAUGACGAUGACCGCUCACCCAUCCAGCGGUUCAGGUCAUAUCCUAAGAGACCACUGACCGUGACCGAUCUCACUUCUGGUGCUUGGUGUGAGUUGCAGUACUGGUAUACUCUCACUCGACUACCUGGAGGCCGAAGAACGAGAACAGCUGCUAUGAAGAAAGGCUCCAAGAUUCACAAGAAACUCGAAGAUGAAGUUCACACUACUGUCAAAAUCGAUAUUAUGACCAAAGAGGACGCAUUUGGUCUCCGGCUAUGGAACCUAGUCCAAGGACUGAGGACCUUGCGCGAUACAGGACUCACUCGCGAGCUCGAGGUGUGGGGAAUGGUCGAUGAGAAUCUCGUCAAUGGAGUCAUUGAUAGCGUGAACUAUGAAAAUCCAAACCCUGAGUUCGAGGCAGAGCUUUCUAGUCAAGAGUCUGAGACAAGCAAGAGACAGUCAUCCUUGACCGAUUACUUCCCACCGAAAAAGGGUGCUGCGAACCAUUCAGGGCCAAAGAUAUAUCUCGCCGAUGUCAAGACCCGCGGAUCUGCUUCUCCAGUUUCAAACGCUCAGAUACGACCUGCAAAGAUUCAACUGCUCCUAUACCAUCACUUUUUAUCGGAGAUGGCCGCAGGUAAACUUGAUUUCCUCAAGGUCUUCCGACGAUACGGACUUGACGCAGAUGAUGCUUUCUCGGACACCUUUAUCGCACAAGUUGGAAGUUUACAUGACGAGAUAUUUGUGGAUGCAUCAGAAACGGAGACUGAGUUCACACAAGAGAACCCUUCUUCCAGCUUCCGAAGCUCUUCCUCAGUCGGCCCCGAUUUUCUGCAGUAUCGAACAUUGCGAGAGCUCAUCCCUCUUGUCCAGGAAGAGAUCGACCUUACUUUCCCCUACGGCGAACACUCCAUGGGACAUAUGCUUCGGGUGCAAUACGUUCACCGUGACGACGGUCGCGAAAUCGACCUGCAUGACUUUCCUGUUUCAAAACAGGCAUUGGAGACAUAUCUUUCCAACUACAUGGAGUGGUGGAAAGGUAGGCGUGAGGCCAAAGGCGUUGAUAUAGAAGAGGCCUUCAAGUGCAGAACAUGCGAGUUCGUCGACGACUGUUCUUGGCGGCAGAGCAUGGAUGAAGAGAUGUUGCAGAGGGCCCGGAAUUCACAAAAGAAACGUGCGACACGCCGAGCGAGCAACAAUGCCACCUGA